CCAUCACACAUUCGCAUAACAGUUGGGUAUGCACAGGCUGGGGCUGCAAAUGAUUUCCAUUUAGAAGUCUGAUUGGAAAUAAAAAAAAAAAAUAAAAAUGGACAGAGAAUCAAAUCUGAACCGAGCUGAGACAUUCUCCUUCGUCAACCCAUGGAUCAGAUAUUUUCUCUUCUUCUUUAGCUUCUUGUUUUGGGUUUUCUCUUUGCUGAUUGUUGGAAUCGGGGUUUAUGCUAAAGUCCAGAAAGCCACAGACACGGUGCGGGACACGUUCCUGGUCGACCCAGCUGUCAUCCUAAUUGUUGUGGGGGUGGUGAUGUUCUUCAUCACUUUCUGUGGUUGCAUUGGAGCCCUCAGAGAGAACAUUCGCCUCCUCAAGACAUUUUCCUUCAGCCUGGUACUGGUCUUUCUUAUCCAACUGGUUAUAGCGAUUCUGGGCUUUUUCUACUCUGAUCAGACCCAGGAUGCAUUCGGAAAGUUUGUGAAGAAAGCCAUUGUGCACUACAGGGAUGACCUGGAUCUGCAGAAUCUGAUGGAUUACAUCCAGAAAGAGUUUAAGUGCUGUGGAUGGAACAACUAUACAGACUGGUCGUGGAACCUGUACUUUAACUGCACACAUGAUAAUCCCAGCUCAGAGCGCUGCGCUGUGCCUUACUCCUGCUGCACUGCUGUUCCUGGAGAGACAGUGAUCAACACCAUGUGUGGUUUUGGAGUUCAAGCCCAAACGUAUCUGGAUGCAGACAAGGCAAUUUACCCAGUAGGCUGUGCAGACAGGGCAGUGAUGUGGAUUGAGUCCCAUCUGCUGAUGGUUGGAGCCCUGGCCCUUGGUCUGGCCUUACCUCAGCUACAGGUCAAUGAAGGCAUCAAUGGAGGCUUGCUGGGUAGAACAUCCAGUAAUCAACCUAUUGAGCGGACCUUCCACCUUUAAGGCAGUGCUUCUUGCUGCGUUCAAGUAGUUCUAGAAACACUUCAUCGACCAGUGCUCUGCAUCAAUUCUAAAGUAGACUUCUUCAAUAUAAAUGUAUUGUUUUCUUCCCAAGAACUUUCUGCAAAGUGCCUUUUCAGAGCAUUAUUACCACACCGUAGAAAAAGAAAAGCCAAUGUUAUAAUAAAUGCUCAGUGAAUGUCAGCCCUUCCAACGACUUUAUUUAAAACACCGACUUAUGUGCAGUAAUAAGGUGGCACAAUGCAACAAUUAACUCCAACUGCAAGAUAUUCAUUCCAAGGUGUUUAAAAGUGCAUUUUUAGCCUGUAAACCAAGUAAAGGAGUAUUAAGCUGUAACAGUAUCUACUGAAACAGGGAAGAUGCUGACAACUCCCACUCAGCUGCACAGCACGUUCACACUCCCACAGCAAUUAGUCCUUUUAAUAUCUAAAGUCAGAAUAACAUAAUAUAAGCUGUUAUCAGGAGCUGCACACAUGAGAUAAAAUAAUCGCACAGCAUCCUCUCACUGCAUUCAUUGACUGCGUUUCCCAGAAAUCCCGUCAGACCGACCACAUUAGUGCAGUCAUUGCUUUGAUGUUUUGGGAAUUUGAUUGUGAUGAUGCCUUUUUGGCGACGAUGUUCAGCAGACACUGAUUAGAUCGGUCACUUUAACGGCAAUUAUUUGUUGGCUUGUUUUAAUUAUAAAGUAAAACGUCUGAUGGGUGCAUCAGUAUAAAGGGCCUUGCAAAAGUAUUUAUACGCCUUAGAAUUUAUGGGGGAAAAAAUGACAGUGUUUGCCAAAAGGAACACUUAAAUGCAGUUUUUUGCAUAACAGUGUUUAAGUUGAGCCACAGAUUCAUAAAUUGUUUACUGCUCUAAAUUUAAAUUGAGUCAUUCUCUGUAUAAUCAUGCAUCAAUAUGUAUAAUCAUGAAUAUCUGUGGCUCUGACUGAAUGUUAGGAGCGGCCGUACAGAAUCCCCACAGCAUAAUGCUGCCUUUUUCUUCAAGAUAAAUCAGAAUCAGAAAUACUUUAAUAAUCCCAGAGGGAAAUUACUUUUGUUACACACUCCAGAU